GGGAAUGUGGGAGACAGUGACAGAGGGAAAGGUAGUAUAAGGAACAAGAGAGAAAAAAACAUCACCAGAGCUGUUGCAGUGGAUACAGGUUUUUUUACUGCACGUAGAAGCUGCUCUCUUUUCUGAUAUCCUGCCAUUUGAGUUUGGAAAGCUCAUUAGGUGACUGAAAAGCUGGCAUUUAAAGGCUUAUUCUGUUACUGAUCAAUACUAAUUGAAAACUAAUGGAUAAUUAAAUCUGCUACUGGGAUUCUGAUCCACUUAAUGCCAUUUGGCAGAAUUGCUCAAUGACUUCAAAUGUUUUUGCAUCUCUUCAUGGACAUAACAAUUUGAACAUUUUCAGACAAGCGCUGACCAAUUAGCUGCCGAGAGGAGCCAGGAUGGGUCCAGCCAGGAGCGUCCAGCUAGUCCUGAUUCUCUGCCUUCAGCACAGUUACGUGUGUACACUCACUCCGGCACGUGCCCAUGCAGAGGAGAGGCUGCUUCAGGUUUUAUUCAGCCGCUAUAAUAAGCUCUCCCGUCCUGUAGCAAACAUCUCCGAUGUAGUCCUGGUCCACUUCGGCCUGUCCAUCGCGCAGCUCAUAGACGUAGACGAGAAGAAUCAAAUGAUGACCACCAAUGUGUGGGUGAAACAGGAAUGGAGCGAUUACAAGCUGCGCUGGAACCCUGAGGAGUAUGAGAAUGUCACCUCCAUCAGAAUUCCCUCUGAGCUCAUCUGGAGACCUGAUAUUGUGCUUUAUAACAACGCUGAUGGAGAUUUUGCUGUGACACACCUCACUAAAGCCCAGCUGUUCCAUGAUGGCAGAAUCAAAUGGAAGCCUCCGGCUAUAUACAAGAGCUCCUGCAGUAUUGAUGUCACGUUCUUCCCUUUCGAUCAGCAGAACUGCACCAUGAAAUUUGGCUCGUGGACCUACGACCGGGCCAAGAUUGAUCUCGUAAGCAUGGACAGCGCUGUUGACCAGAUGGACUACUGGGAGAGCGGCGAGUGGGUCAUCAUCAGGGCUGUGGGAAUGUACAACACCAAGAAGUAUGAGUGUUGCACGGAAAUCUACCCCGACAUCACCUAUUCCUUCAUUAUUCGUCGACUUCCUCUCUUCUACACCAUUAACCUCAUCAUUCCAUGCCUACUGAUCUCCUGUUUGACCGUUCUGGUGUUCUACCUGCCCUCGGAAUGUGCAGAGAAGAUCACGUUGUGCAUCUCCGUCCUCCUUUCCCUCACUGUCUUCCUCUUGCUCAUCACCGAGAUCAUCCCCUCUACCUCUCUGGUGAUCCCGCUCAUUGGAGAGUACCUCCUUUUUACCAUGAUCUUCGUCACACUCUCCAUCAUCAUUACAGUGUUUGUGUUAAACGUUCACCAUCGCUCCCCCCGCACGCACCGCAUGCCUCACUGGGUGCGGCAACUCUUCCUCCACCUGGUGCCUCGUUACCUGUUCAUGAAGCGCCCCCCCGCUUCUGGCAAGAGGAACUGCCGCAAGCUCAUUGAGAUGAUGCAUAGACCGGUGGUGCCACCGGCCAUGUUGUUGGGAACAACCACCCUCCCUCCUUUGGAGAGCCCCCGACCUGAUGCGGAUAUGGUCUCUGCUGCUCCUUUAGGUGGGCUACAGAGGGAACCAGCUGCCAAAACUCCACUUUUCUGCAGCUCCCCCAGCAGCCAGUACUCCAUCCUGCAAGAGGAACCCACACAGGUGCCCCGCACACCUGCGCUCAGGUACACGCAAACACACAACACUUCCACCUCCAGCCCCUCCUUGUCUUUAGACACAGCCCUCGGCCCUCUACUUCACACACUUCCCCUGACUGAGAUAUGCCAGUUCUACUGCCACAGUGCUGAGAGCGUAUUCGUAGAUACCAAGGAGGGACUGCAUGAGCCAGAGAGUCCUCAGCACUGUCACAAGCAUGAGGGGACAGCCCUACAGGCCCACUGCAGUGCAGAUGGAGGUGGAGGCGCUGGGCAAUGUACAAGACACAAACUCCUUGAGACACAAAACUCAAGCUCCAACUGCAGCAAAGAACCCAAAACUGAAGAAGUGGACAGUCCACUGUCUCAGGCGCUGCUGCGAGCUCUCGAGGGAGUCCAGUACAUCGCUGACCACCUCAGAGCUGAGGAUUCUGACUUUUCGGUAAGGGAAGACUGGAAAUACGUUGCCAUGGUGAUCGAUAGAAUAUUCCUCUGGAUGUUUGUGCUGGUGUGCAUUCUAGGGACAGCUGGACUGUUUCUUCCUCCCUGGCUGGCUGGAAUGAUCUAGAAUUCACCAUGGAACACAGAGUUGGAUGUGAGCAGAAGGGAGAUGGCAAAGAGACCUGCCAAUCACUUUCUGUGUCCUCAUUAAAACUGAUCUGCUGUAUUUUUCUGUGUGCAUAUAUAAUUUCACAGUAGCGCAUUCCACAAUGGCCCGUGUGGCCAACAUAAUGAUGAAGCGCUUUUUCAAGGUCAGCUUAUAUUUCACUGAGAUGCGUUCAUAAAGCAUAUAUAUUCAUUUCCGUCCUUUCAGCAAUGUACGAUUUCGGUCACAGUUAAUCUGUUUUACCGACUGCCAGAUCGUGUUCGUUCCUCUGUGUAUUAUUCCA